CCCGGAGCGGGGAGCCCGGCCAGGAUGUGAGAGAGGAACUGGGGUCUCCGGCGGCUGCAGAGGAAGGAACCGAGGCGGCUGUGAGCUCCCUCCUGGGGAGGGUUUUGGGGCCGCCUGGCUCAGGAUGGGGGACCCCCGGCCUCGGCCCUGGGGGCUUGGCCUCCUGCUCUGCCUCUUGUCCAGGAGCCUGGAUGCAGCCAUGAACCAUCCCUCCCUCCUCUACCACUUCACCGCCGUGUCCCAUGCGGCACCAGGGACACCUGCCUUCUGGGUCUCGGGCUGGCUUGGCCCCCAGCAGUACCUGAGCUACAACAGCCAGCGGGCCCAGGCGGAGCCCUGCGGGGCCUGGGUGUGGGAGCACCAGGUGGCCUGGUACUGGGAGAAGGAGACCACAGACCUGAGGGUCAAAGAGAAAAUGUUCCUGGACGCUCUUUCUGUCCUGGACAAGACAGAGAACCUCACCCUGCAGGGCCUGCUGGGCUGCGAGCUGGGCCCCAACAACUUGUCGGUGCCGGUGGCCAAGUUCGCCUUGAACGGAGAGGAGUUCAUGCAGUUUUCGCCCAAGGAGGGCAACUGGACGGGGGAUUGGCCCGAGGCUGAGGCCAUCAGGCAGAAGUGGGCCGAGCACCCCGACACCCUCAACAAGGAGAAGACCUUCCUGCUCUACUCCUGCCCGCAGCGCCUGCUCAGCCACCUGGAGAUAGGUCGCGGGAACCUGGAGUGGAAGGAGCCACCGUCCAUGCGCCUGAAGGCCCGUCCUGGUAGCCCCGGCUUCUCGGUCCUCACCUGCGUCGCCUUCUCCUUCUUCCCCCCGGAGCUGCAGCUGCGUUUUGUGCGCAACGGGAUGGCUGCCGGCUCCGGGGAGGGCGGCCUGGGGCCCAACGGUGACGGCUCUUUCCACGCCUGGUCGUCGCUCACGGUCAAGAGUGGGGACGAGCGGCAUUACAGCUGCCUGGUGCAGCACCCUGGGCUGCUGAAGCCGCUCACGGUGCAACUGGAAAUGCCCCCCAAGUCCAUGAUGUCCGUGGUGGGAUUCGUCGUGGGAUUCCUGCUGCUGAUCGCCGCAGCUGUUGGGGGAACCCUGUUGUGGAGGAGGAUGAGAAACGGGCUCCCCGUCCCGUGGAUGUCCCUUCGUAACGAUGAUGAUGGGGUCCUCCUACCUACUCCUGACCUCUCCAAGGAUGCUGACCCUUAGGACAAGCAGGUCCUGCCGCUCUGACAUCUGCCCACCACAGUCCCAGCUGCUCCUGGCUGCUGUGGGCAGGUCCCUUUCAUGCUGUGACACCAGGAAUCCUGAUACCCUGAGCCUCCAGGAUCUCCAGGCCCAACGCCUUCCCUACCUGGAUUCCACCUCCUGUGGCCUGCCUCAGUUUCCCUUCCUCCUACCUAUGGCUCCUUCCACCCUCCAAAAAUAUAGAACAUGAGUUUGGGCCCAAA